GAGGUGGCUGCAUGUGGUGGCGCGGACCCAGCGCCCGGGCUGGGAGGAGAGGAGGAGGCGGCAGGCUCCGCUCGCUCCCGGCUCCCGCUCCCCGGCUCCGGGCGCUCCUCCCGCCAGCGGCGGCCGGCCGCUGCGCUGCCCGCCCCGAGCUGCCCCUCGUCGCUCCCUCUCGCCCGCCGCUACCCGCAGCAUGGACUCGGACUCCGGGGAGCUCAGCGAGGGCGAGCUGGUCUCACCCGCAGGUCCCGACUGCUUCAGUUCUAAGAAUCUUGCACUGCAAGCCCAGAAAAAGAUCCUGAGUAAAAUGGCAACCAAAACCAUGGCUAACAUGCUAAUCGACGACACAAGCAGUGAAAUCUUCGAUGAGCUGUACAAAGUAACAAAGGAACACACAAGAAACAAAAAGGAAGCCCAUAAAAUUAUGAAAGACCUGAUUAAAGUGGCAAUAAAAAUCGGGAUCCUCUAUCGAAACAAUCAGUUCAACCAAGAAGAGCUGGAAAUCGUAGACAAGUUCAGGAAGAAGCUGAACCAAACUGCCAUGACGAUUGUCAGUUUCUACGAGGUAGAAUACACUUUUGACAGAAAUGUUCUUGCAGAACUUCUGAAUGAAUGUAAAGACCUUGUGCACGAACUAGUAGAUCGACACCUGACACCGAGAUCCCACGGGCGCAUCAACCAUGUCUUCAAUCACUUUGCGGAUGUGGAAUUUCUAACCGCCCUGUACAGUCUUGAUGGGGAUUGUCGGCCAUACCUCAAAAAGAUCUGCGAUGGCAUCAACAAACUUCUUGAUGAGAAGGUCCUUUGAAACUACGCUCAAAAAUAAGAAGCCAACCAAAAACUUCUCUCUAGAACCCUUCAUGAGCCAUGGUGAGCAAGCGAGCUUCCUUCCCACCAGUCUCUUACUACAGUCUCCAACAGGGGCCAGAAAGUGCUCACCAGGCUCAUGAUGAAGUAGAAAACUUAAAUCGGAAAGCUAUCAAUUUUAAUGUUUUGUUCAGAUAAUUCAGUUUCCUCCAAGGAGCAGAGUGAACAAGGCUGCUGAUAUAUAUCGUUCGGGAACAGAGUGCUAUACACCACGAUCCUACUAGCUUUGUGUUCAAGGCUGAACACGUGAAAAGAAAGUAAAUUCAAACGCAUGGCUACGUAAAAAUAGACAGGUGAAGGCAAAAGAGCAACGCAUGGAAUUUACCCCCAGGCCCUUGGUGCGUAUGUGUUUAUCAUUUCCACGCUAACUGAAAAAGCUUAGACAGAAAGUAGGGCUGUAAUGGAUUAAGCUCACUCCUUUCAAAAGCAUCAGGAAUCAAUAUGAGAAGGCAUCUCUGAUUUUACAUGGUAUUUAUGUCUAAUAGGGGAAUAACAAAUAAUACAGAGUAGAAGUAGGAGAAAAUGUAAAGAACUGCUCUAUGAAGCAAUAUUUUCAUUAGAGUUUAGUUUUAUACCUGCUAAUAACAGAGAGGUUUCAUUUUAAUUUUGAAAAGCAGCUCAGCGCUUCAAGCUCAAAGGUAACCAGAAAACUAGAUAAAGUAGUACAUUAGGUUCCCCACUCUCAGGGUUUGUGUAUUCAGUAAAAUCAGACAAGUUUAGGCUGAAGGUUGUGCUGCUGUUUGUGCUCUUACUGUUUUGCCUGACAGAACAAAAUACUAUGUGAAGAUUUUGAAGUUGCAGUUGUGAAGAGAAGCAUGACUAAGACACCAAUGGAGCAACAAAGUGACGCUUACAUCCCCCAACCUCAAAAUAUUCAGCCUAGAUAAAACUCUCGGUUUAACAUGUCCAUGAUGUUAAUUUGUUCCUACAGUAAAACAGAGGUGUGAUAAAAAAGGUACCCCAUCCACUAUGCUUGCAGUGCUAUCCAAGUGUAGUAUAUCCACAGUGGUUUUAAAAGAACAGUCUUAGUGACUCUGGUGAGCUUCAUCAAUGAUUUUUUGUUCGGAAUGUUUUCAGUGACUUUUUUCUUUCUUUUUUUUUUAAACAAAAUAUACUGAUGUCUCCAAACUGAAAAUAUUUUGCAAAGAAAUACUGGUUUCUGUACAGUUUUGUUAGCAUUAAGGGAGAACAGGAACAGAGCAGAUACACCAGCGUGCCACCUGCAGAAUCUUACAGCUGGGCAGGUGCUGACUGACCCUAAGGAAAAGAAGUAUGUUUGGAAAUCUCUCCUCUCCCUGCCCUCUACAUCUUAUCCUCCAGACUCACCUCUACCUACUGACACUUCAGUAUCAUCUACCACCUCCUUUUAGUUGACACAGAUAGCAGACAAUCCCAUUAUCUGGAGAUAACGCCUUCCGUAUCACAUAUAUUAUAAUACAGAAACGCAUGUACUUGAAAAUUGACAAAGCAAGAAAAUACAUAUUUGAAAGCCAUUCCUCUCUAAGGAAAACAUCCAGUGCUGAUCACUCAUUACUUCAGGAUAAGAAAACUUUAUGUUUCUCAUUUAAACUCUGAAAUACAAUGGGGGUAGAGAAAACUGCUCAAAAUUUUAUUAUUCUGCCUUUCUUCACCGCAGAAUAACUGUAUUUUAUCUCUUGCAACAACAAUUUUGACUAUCACACCUUUAUACAGUUGAGAAUACACAUACCCAGAUGAGGUAUACACUUGGGUUGUGCUAGAUGGACUUCUGUCUGUUCCCAGGAAACUCAUUUUGGAGCACAGUAAAAAUGGCAGCACAAGACAUUAGCAGAGCAGUUCAUAACAAUGUAAAUUUUCCCCAGGUAUUUCCUUUAACCAUAAAAAGUAUAUUUAGUAGCAAUGAAAGUGGACAAUUCCUUUGCAACACCGCACAGUAAUAAAUACCAACAUUUGGGGUUGCAAGUUCAUCCAUUCGCAGAGCCAUAUUUACAUGCACCAUUAGCUGCAUUUUUUCCAAGCACGUACUUGUCAAUUAAUGCUUUUGAACAGUAUUUAUUGUAUCCAAUGCUCCUGUCCCAGUGCACACGUCAGAUUUUACGUGUUUGUUUCACUUGUGGCAAACAAAUUUAAGUUCUUUUUUUAAAGCCAGAAAAAGAGAGAUUAUUCAACAUUCAAGGUGUCCAAAGGAGAAGGAUAUCCUGUAUCUGUGACUUUCUUUUUGUGUGUUGCAAGUAUCAAUAUUCAGAUUUUGGUAUUUUAGACACACCAGCUGAACAUCUGUUGCUUUAUUUAUAAAUCUGAGUAGCCUUAAGGAAAGAGAGUGUUUUCAAGUACUUCUCAUACUUGCAUAUCCUGUAUAUUCAUUGUUUACUUUUGUACUUGUAGCUUGGUAUGUAAUAACAUUGCUAAAAUAUGGGCAAUGUUCGGGUCACCUUAACUAUAUGAUGUAUUAUCAUAUUUGUGAAUUAAAAAUGUGUGAUUACUGCC